AUGACUUCCAUUGUGCUUCUUCUCCAUACAGUUGAUGAGAUGGUGUUUAUUCCUGGUGGAAACAUGAUGAUGGGAACUAGUGCUGCUGCUGAUGGGAGAGAUGGGGAAUCUCCAACACGAGCUGUGACAUUUAAAAUAUAUUAAGACAAAUAUCCUGUCAACAACUCUGAUUCCAGGGAAUUUGUCAGACAGCAGAAAUAUAAAACAGAAGCUGAAAAGUUCCAGGAUUUUGUGUCAGAUGAACUGAAAAGUAAGAUCACUCAGAAAAUUGAGUCGGCUCCUUGGUGGUUACCAGUCGAGAAAGUGUUCUGGAGACAGCAGGACAGACUGGAAUCCCCUGUGGUGCAGGUCAGCUGGAAUGAUGCCCAAACUUACUGUCAGUGGAAGCAGAAAAGGCUGCCAACUGAGGAAGAGUGGGAAAUGGCUGCAUGCGGAGGUUUAGGAGGCAAGCCAAAUAAGCCUUAUGCCUCCCAGCACUUGCUGAACUGGACUAACCUGUGGCAGGGCCCAUUUCCAGAUGGGGACGCGCAGAAGAUGGUUAUCAUGGUAGCUCCUGUGACUGCCUGUCCUCCACAGAAUAACUAUGGACUAUAUGACACUGGUAAUGUGUGGGAGUGGGCCUCCUCACGGUUUCCUGGUGCUCAGACUGGCGGAGCAUCCUGGAUUGACACAGCCGAUGGCUCAGCCAAUCCCAGAGCUCGUGUCACCACUAGGAUGGGAAAUAUACCAGAUUCAGCCUCCGAUAACCUGAGCUCAAAUGCAAAACAGAAAAGAACUGAGCUUUAAGAGCUAAAUAUUCAAGACUAGUUGAUUGCAGUGGUGCAUAAUGGUACUGAUAUUAGAUUUCCCCUGUGGAGACAAACUUUUGUAAUUCAGUGUUACAUCUGCCUUUUUACACAAAAUACUGUGAAAUAAAUGUGUUUUAGCCUUUCUUUAUGGUCAUUAAAAUUAUUUGGUUAAAAAAUUUAAAUUGCAUCAUAUAUUCAAAAUAGAAUAAAAAUGUAUUGGAUAAUAUUGGAUUAAAUAAUUGUACACAUAUUAAAUAGUUCAGGUCUC